AUGAAGCCUCUCAUCGAUGAAAUGAUGCACAUUAUCGUUCAGAUGUGCAUGUUCAAAAGUUUUUAUUCAGAACAAGAUCAACAAAAACUCAUUGACCUUUUGGGAAAUUUGAAUAUGAAAAUAUUUGAAUUUGAAGAAAUGAAGUUCUAUCUCAAGAAUGUCAUUGAAGUGAGAAGAAAACAGUUGAACUUCUUUCUUGAUUUUUUCAAUUCAGUUCAUGAAUGUUCGGCGCUCGAGAGAGCAAUGCAACUUCUUGAGGAGCUUGUUGAAUUGGAAAAAUGUUCCUCUCAAGAAUUCAUUAAAACCAAUGACAUGAGUGAAAAGAAGAAGCAGCUCAAUGCAACUUGCAAAAGUUCAGACCUUAUUGUUCGACACGUUGAAGAACUUUCGGAUUGUGUGAAAGAAAUGGAAAAAAUUGUCAUGUUCAACUCGGGUCCAAAAACUAUAAGACCUGAACAAUGGUAUUCUGAAGAUAUUAUUGAAGUUUAUGAGCCAAUAGAUAAUAUCGAAAUUGAAAAGAUGCCACGAUGGAGGAUGAUGAUUCGAAUUGAGAUGGUUAUUGAGGUAUUUAAAAAUUUAAAAAAAUCAAAACCGGUUCCAAGUUCCGUUAUAAGAAAAUUGAAAAUGAAAGUAACCAUCAGAUGUAGUAACGGAGAUACAUUCUCUAUUGAUAACGUGGAUCUCGACAAUACAGUUGAAGAAUUUAAACAAGUAGUUGCGAGUCAUUCCAAUAUUCCGGCCUCCGAUCAACGUUUAAUCUAUAGAGGAAAAGUACUCAAGGAUCAAGCCACUUUGAAGAGUUAUGGCGUUGAAGAGGGGCUUACCAUUCAUUUGGUAAGAGGAAAACCAUCGGGUGCUGCUACUACCACUUCUUCAACAACCACUCCAUCGGCAACAUCAACAACAACCACUCCACCACCAUCAACCACCACUUCGUCAAAUGUACCACCAUCCUCUACUACCACUAGCACAACAACCACUAAUAACACCACCUCACAAACCGCCCCCAAUCAACAACAAAAUCCAUUCAGUUUGUUUGGAAAUUUAGGUGGUUUUGGUGGAGAUAAUAACAACAACAUGUUCGGAGCAGGUGGAUUUCCAAAUGUAGAUCCUAACAUGAUGCAACAAAUGAUGAAUAAUCCUUUCGUGCAAAGUAUGCUCAACAAUCCAGAUUUCAUUCGUGAAAUGAUGAAUUCGAAUCCUCAAAUGCAACAAAUUAUGAGAAAUAAUCCUGAAGUUGGUAGAAUGCUUCAAGAUCCUGAAAUGAUCAGAAGAGCAAUGGAAAUGGCAAGAAAUCCAGAGCUCAUGAGAGAAAUGAUGAGAAACACUGAUUUAGCCAUGAGUAAUAUUGAAAAUCUUCCAGGAGGUUUUGACGCUCUUAGAAGAAUGUACAGCGACAUUCAAGAACCUUUACACGAAGCCACAACUGAAAUGUUUAGAGGAACAACAACUACACCAGAGCAACCAACAACGUCAAACACUACUUCUGUACCACCUGGACAACCAUUCAACAUGGGGAAAUAA